CAAAUUCAAUAUGUCCGCCGAAGAGGUCGUAAUAACGGGUGACGAUUAGAGGAACGUACAAACAAAAUGAGUGCAGCUAGACCCUUAAUACGAAAUUCGGCCACAUUAAUUUUAGCUGCUAGAAACAGAAAACUUAAGAGCGCCUUUGACUGGAGGGUCUUGUUACUGGAAAGAGCUGCUAAAAGUGCAUUUAUGGUAAGCUUGUACAGGGUAUAACCCCGUAGCCCCUGUGACUAGUGCUAAUUUUUGUCUCAGUUGUAUCUACUAUAAGCUGAAUUUAUGCAGCUCUGUACUCAUUUUUUCUUCUCCUUCAUCUAAAGCCUAGUAUGUAUGUUUUCCCUGGUGGUGUAAUCGACAAAGCUGACUUUUCUAAUGACUGGAUGGAACUAUUUAAAGAGUCCUUCACUAAGUUUGGCACAAACUUCACAUCCCUUGUUGAUAUUCAAGGACCACGCCCACCUGUGGUGAAGACAUCUGGACCUACAGGUUUACCAAGUGAUAUCGCGUUAAGAAUUUGUGCCAUCCGAGAGACAUUUGAAGAGUCUGGCGUUCUUUUAUUAAAGAGCUUCUCUUCUGAUAAACAAUACGAAAAUCUUGAAAUAGAUAACGUUCGGAAUUGGAGGAAAGAAGUGCAUGCAGAUGCCUCCAUGUUUUUCACUAUGUGUAGGUGAGGAUUGUGAAGAAAUGAAACUGCGUAAACGUUUCAGGUUAAAAAAUUUCUUGUAAAUUUCUGGCAAGAUUUAGAUGGGUAAAUUCCUCUAAGUUUGAACUGGUGUCAUGCUUAGGACCACUGUUGGAAAUUUUCCCCUUUCCAGGAUUUUCCCAUUUGUCUCUCUCUCUGCUCACUUUCUUUAAAUUCUCUUAUCUCUAUCUCUCUUCUCCUUAAAAUGUUUAGGUUCUCUUUUUUCCUAAAUUAUCACUCUGUUAUCUAUUAAUCCCAUCAGGAAAUUUAAAUGUGUUCCUGAUGUGUGGGCCCUAAGUGAGUGGUCAAACUGGCUGACACCUGCUCAUUUACCCAGACGAUACGACACAAUGUUCUAUAUUGCCUUUCUUGAUGAGGAACCAUUAGCACUCCAUGAUGACAAGGAGAUGACUCACUCAAAGGUGAUUUACAUGUGAGACCUCUCUGCCAACCUUUCCACACACAAAUUGAUACGAUUGAAUUGUCUCCUUACUUAAACGUCUUGAAAUUUUCUGUUUUUAUAAGAACUCUUGACCUUGUAAAAGGAUCAUAGUGUGUUGUCUUCACAUACAACUGUGAAACCACAAUACUACUCUGACUCAGGGUGAUUGAAAAAGCAGAACAAAGAAAAAAUUGAAUAAAGAUAAAAGACUGAUAAUAAUUAAGAAGCAAUGAUGAUGAUAUGAUUAAGUAUGAUUAAGUCUUGCAUAGGAUACACCCACUAGGAUGUUUGUUGGUCAAAAUCUGCAAGCAAAAUAAAUGCUCAGAGAUGAUGCACUGAAAAUGUGGUGUUUAAGGUGCCUUAUCUCUUUACAUUACCAUUGAAAGCUCAAGAUAAAAUGUUGACAUGAUGUUGUUAUUUUUCUUAAUGUUUUUAGCAAACAAUAUAUAUUUUUUUAACAGUGGAUGAUUCCAGCUGAAGCUGCUGCAAAGUUUAUGGCACGCAAGAUUAAGAUUGGAUUCCCUCAAGUUUAUGAGCUGUUAAGGUUUUGUCGGUAAGUGUAGUUUGUCAGAAAAAUAUUGAUCUUUCAAUGGCCUUUUAAAUUGACCCCAUUGUCAACUUCAUGACCAUCAGCAAAUAACUCAAACCAAACACAAAAUAACUUUAUGCAGAUUUCCAAAGUGGGAGGACUUUCAAUCUUUUCAGCAAAACCGUGCUUCAGAUGGAUGUGAACAAUGGCUUCCUAUCAUAACGCAGUGUGUUGAUGGCACUCUGGUGAGGGAAAUCUGUUUUCCUUUUUUCCUUUUUAAUUAAACUAAAGAAAAUCAUAUUUUUGAGUGCCAGGUGGUACCCACAUUAAACCAGCUCCAAGUAUGAGGUUUAAUAGUCUGAAUAUUUGCGCAUUGCACUUUUUAAAUGUGUCUAUCCACUCAAAUGUAUAGUUGGAUUCGUUUAGGAAUAUGUGUAAAAAAAUGUGCAUCGUUUCAAAACGAAGUUUGUUCAGGUGGAUCUGCAUCACUUUGUUCAAGCAUACUGUCCCAGGUUUGUUUUUUGGAAACAGUAUCAUGAACACUCAUAGGUAAUGCUGAAAAACUUCAAGCAACCCACUUGUAUCAAAAUUUCAAAGUUCGUUGAUUGUCUAAAACCCCAGUCUAAGUCAAAGUUCAUUUGAAUUACCUUUUCCGUUGUUCAUCAACUACUUAAGGUGAUAAGUUUGAUUAAAAAGCUGACAUUUUGAGCAUCAUUCCUGUCUGGAGCUAAAUUUUACUUUCUCGCUGGUGAUGCACAGUAAUUUAACUAGAUAAAAAUAAACUUGAUCACUUUCAAACGGAUUAUUUUACCAUUUCAGGUUGUAUUUCCACAUGAUGAUCUUUAUCCAUCUUUGAAAAAGAGAGUCAUGGAAGAAUUAACCAAAAGUACAACGGGACAAAUUUCACUUUUUAAUCAAUCAGAGACACUAGUGCAGUUAAAUGCAAAGGGAACAAAUUUUAAUCGAUUGUGCCUCGAGUCCGGUGUUCCAUGCAACAUGAUGAUUAAUGUGCAACUUCCUCAUGGACAGUGCUUACCAGUGGUGGAUUUUAAAAGGAUUAAUGAACUUGCUGGAGACUCAGUUGAGUCACAUCUCUGAACACUGUGGAUUUCUGGUCUAAAAAAGAUCGACCAGUAGAAUUUUGAUAUUGAGUUCAGUAGGAUUAAACGGCAUUUAGUAAGGAGAGUCUAAGAACCGCGUAAAGCAAAAAAAAAGUGAAUUUGCCCGCAAAAUUUACUCGGAAAUCUUUGCGCAAAACCCUUUCAAAGGUUACACACUGAAACACGUCGAUGCAUGGUACCAAAGACUGCGACACAUCCAAGAAUGUGUUCUUCCUGACAUUCAAAUGAAAUCGAAUGUAAUUAACCUUUGUUCUUCCCCAGCCACUAAAACGGUCAAUUUUAUACCAGGACGUACCACUGAAAUGGAUGUGAAAGAUCUUUUGCGCCAUGCUAUAACACUGACUUUAGGAUUUCGAAUUCCUUCUGCCUUUGUGGACAAAGAACAUAAGCAUUUCUUCACCUGCGCGAAAGUAUGAGGUCUUAACCCUUAGAAGUGACUAGCAUCUAAUUUCUCCCUGCAAUAUCACGGCCGUUAACUAACAAUGUAAAAUCUCUAAAUUUACGCCGUUAGUUACUGGCGUAAAAUCCUACAUAUAUACGCUACUGACUGGAAGAAAUUGCGCCGUUAGUUACUGGCGUAAAAUCUAACAUAUAUACGUUACCGACUGAAUAGAAUUACGCCGUUAGUUAUUGGCGUAGAAUCUUCCCUCACUAACGUUGCUGAUUUGCGUCAGGCGACAAACAUGUAGAUUAUGUUUAGCAUAACAUUACGGCUGACGGCUGUGCUCAUGAAUCUUUUCUCUCUUUCUUUAUUUUACAUUUCUGACAUUAUAAGCGGAUUAAAAAAAACGUUUCGAAAUGAGCCACGGCAGUGUUGAUGAAAAUACCUUUUCAAGAAACUAAUUUUUAAUUAAACUUUCAAGCCACGUUGUAUAUCGAAGGCAUUUAAAUUUUUGGAACAAAAUCAAAACUUAACAACGUGAACGUAACCGGAACGCAACAAACCGGAAGUUAAAAAUUCUAAUGUCCAGUUCACGGCGGCGAGGCCUCCUGCACUUAAUUCUCUCAGUUAAUUUGACGUCAUCUUAGUUUACCGAGUGAUCUGGCUUUAUGCUUCGAACUCAGCGCCAUCAUCAUCAUGAACAUCAUUGUCUGAGCCAUUACUCUCGAGAUGAAACUCUACAUCAUCUUCAAGGACUUCAUCAAGUGAAGGCAUCUUGUAGUCGGAAAUUCCUUCGAUGUUAAUUUCAUUAUUUUCCGAUCAACUAAGAUCCAAAGAAAUUCCGCACUUCUUGAAGCUUCUUACGAUGACAUCUUUGUUCUAAGUCACUUCCUGCCACGCUCUACCCACCCACUUGGUCAGAAGAACUCCCAUGUCUGAUGCAGUCAGUUUGCCUUCAGUAUACAGCUGCAAAUUUUGUGUUCGAAGUAGUACAGGGUUCUGCAAAAGUACUACUUUAUAUUAAGAAAACAAGGAAAAGUAGAGGGGGCUAAUAUCCGGGGGGGGGGGGCUCAUAACCGGAUGAAUAUUUUUGUUUCCAAGUACCAGUAGAUGAGCCUAUAACCAGGGGGGCUUAUAACCGGAAUUUUACGGUAUACAUGAAAAAAAAUCACGCGCGUGUGACUGGCCGAAAACGAGUGCAUAUUCAUGUAAUACGGGUUCAAAGUUGUAGCUCAUGUGCAAAUUACAAAUAGCACGCGCUGCCAAAAUUUCGUCCGUCUUGACUUUCAGUGAUGCGUUUUUCACGUAAUUGUGCAAGUAACAACAUGAUUUCUCCUGCAAUUUGGUGUUAAUGAGGAUUUGUAAAUUUUUCAAAGGCUACAAAUUGCACUUGCCCUGUUCAUGGGCUCGUGCCAUUUUGUUGUCUUUGAAAAUUUACUCCGGCUUGUGAACUCCAAAUAAUUAAAUUACACGAGAAAUUACGUUGCCUCUUAUACCGUGUGUACUUGGCCUUAGCUCCCACUUGCUGCAAGUCGACUUCUUAUGUUAGCAUACAUAACGUAACCAAAGACUUCCCAGAUCAAAACAAGUGCAGAGUUAGUUGUGGAUUACAAAAGGAGCGCACAAUUCACGCUGAUAAAAUUUAAAAGAGGGUAUGACUCACAAUGAGAAGAGAAUCAACUGGAUACAGGAGGGUUUGAUAGGUCUUGGUGGUACGUGAUGAAACUAAUCCAGGAACAUGAUCGUUAAAACGAGCUUGUGUUGCACGUGUGUAGUAAAUUAAAUCUGCAUGUGUUAAUUUUCUAUCCUUUAAAUUUUACAAUAGUCUUCGUCGACAACUAGAGUUAUGGCCAUCGGGUUGAAGUAAUUUUUUACGGUGGGUUUAGUGCGAGCGUAAAAUUCAAAGAAAUUCCCGAUGAUCACUUAACAAGAGUAUACAAAUAAAAUCUUACGUACACACUCGUAUCUAAAGAGUACCUCUCAUUAUAAAACGGCCGACUUAUAUUAAUGUACACAGGAAAAUUCGGUUGAAAUGUUCCUUAACAUCAAAGAACUACUGCGGAACCGAUCAGAAUAUGUCCUUCAAUCUUUCAACUACAGCUCGUAACAGGAGUGACCUCGAUAAGCUGGAAUUGUGCUGUCCUGAUCAGCUAAUUAACCCAUAUAGUUUUAGUUUAAACAAUCAUUUUGACGGAUAGAUGUCAAAAAAAUGGUUAAACAUUUUUAAGUUUCCUGUGAUGAUUAUGACAUUGGUACAUUAUUUUGGAAAAUGUGUUGAAAAAAAAAUUUUUAAAUUAGUUGGCGUCCUCUAUGGAACUACAAGUGUGGCAGUGGGGCAUCCAUUUGAUACAAUCAAGACAAAGAUGCAAGCACAACGUGGAUUCGAAACAGAAGGAAUGUUCAGAUCAUUUGCAAAGACAGUCAAGACACAGGGAAUCAGAGGGCUCUAUAGGUAUAUUAUGUACAAAUCCUUUCUUGUGUUGUUAUUGAUCAAUUGAAAGUGUACCAUGGAUCAUUUGAUGGCCAGUUAUACUGAUAAACAAAAGCAGAAAUAGUUAGCUCCCUUCAAUAAAAGCAUAGCUCAUGUCAGUGUACUGGUUUGUAAGCAAGAAAAGUUGCCCCUACGUGGCUAAAAUUUCUUGACUGUAAAUAUUUGGAAAUCAUAAAUGUGAACUGCAGAUAAAUAAAUGAAUAUGGAAGCAAUCUUUGCAGUUGUGGACACUACUCAAGCAGUACUGAAAAUAAUGCCUGAAAAAAUUCAGGCGUGCAUGGAAUCCCUGAAUCUUUUUCAGGCAUUAUUUUCACCACUGCUUAAUUAGUGUCCAAUUAACUACAAAGAUUGCUUCCAUAUUCAUGGCCAUUUUUCUUGUGCAGGAUACAAAAACUAUACCCCAUUAGCAAUUAUUUUGAGAAUUUAGUUUAAAGCUAUUAAUCAUUAUGGUCAUUUGUUCAAAAGGGAUUGAUAUGUUAUAUGAGUAUCCAGUGAUGGAGACGCGGUUUACAUGGUGUGCUACUCUAAUAGUUGCUAAUAGUUGGCUUGUCCUUUUUCCCUGUAUCACAUCCAGCAUAAUCUCUGUUGUUGUUUGAAGUAGCAGUUUUUUCAAACUGCUAACUUAUUGGUCCAGCAUGUGUUGCAGAGAGAAACUGGAAAUAACCCACUGGUUGUUUUAAAAACUUUCAGAGGAUGUAUUCCACCUCUUUGGGGAUCUGGAAUUUAUAGAUCAAGUCAGUUUGCUGUUUUUGAAGCCCUGUGAGUACAUCAUGGCAUAUUAAAUGAUUUUUGAAGGUUGAGUUACUUUAUUUUCAACUUUCAUUUCAUAUGCUUAGGGUUAGGGUUAGGGUUUCACUUCUAAGUUAAUUGUUACUUUUUCACUUUUCCUCAAAGCUACACAUAUUUCAAUGGAUUUGGAAGAAGAGAAAUCCCCUUUACUGGUGGAUUACAAAUGUGAGUAGAGUCAAUUUUGUUGGUAAGCUACGGGCCACUAGUUUCUAGGAGACGUGCAUGCUUUAAAACUACAUUUAAUGGAUGGGAUGGUGAACUCCAAAUUGGGUGGUCCAGGUUUUUAGCUCAUUUGGAUAAUUUUUUAGUACUAGCUGUGGUGGAGAUCUAUGUUAGACUUGCUUGCUACUCUACACUCAGGACAACAUUAAAUAGGGGUAGGCCCAGCCAAAUGACUGUUUUGGAAACUUGAUAAAUUGCUGGGAAGUACCAGAGGUCAACCAGCAUCCUUUCCAGGAAGAGUUUCAAAUAAUGCUUCAGGCUACAGAAACUGGGAUAAACUCUGACUACAAAAAGAAGAAAAUUUUUGGCUUUGAAUAUUGCAGAAGAGUGUUGAUUGCAGGAGCAGCAGCCUCAACAACAAGAGCCAUAAUUGAGACUCCCCUUGAACUGGCAAAGGUAAUGAUUGGUCCACAACACAGCUACAACAUUCACUAAUUAGUUAUUCUUUGGUUACAUUAUUUUUUUUAAGUAUUCACAGUCAAGAAUAAUAAAUUACAAUUCAUGUUAAUUAACACUUUAGGUGCGGAGACAAACUGGUCAAACAUGGCAGUUCAGAGGACUCUACAGGGUAAGGUUGAAUGGUUUGGUUUUUUUUUUAUACUUGUAGAUGUUAACAUGAAGUUUGUUUGAUGAUGGACUGAAAUCUACCAUCAAAAGCCAAAGUUUCUGUAUAUUAAGGAGAAUUUGUUUACCAAUCAAAAGCUUCUUUCAUUCGUGAUCAUUUCCUUUAUUCUCAUGACCUUAACAUGUGAUUCAGGGUGAUAUUGUUGGGAGAAAUUAGAUGCUACUCUUGGGGUUUAAAGGGUUGACUUGUUCACUCUCCGUUUGAUCAAUUAAUUGGUUGAUUAAGUAUUAUCAAUUGAGUUGAUGACAUAAAUUGGCCACCAUAGAGAGUUUUAAAACUUCUAAAGUUUAGAGUUAAACUUAGAGUUUAAAGUUUAAAUGAAUGAAAACUUUUUAAGUUUAGAGAUUUAAAACUCUUCAUGGUGGCCAAUUUAUGUUAUCAACUUGGUUAAUAAUACUUAACUCCCUGGUUGUGUUAACCACUUGAUCAAUUGGUUAAUCUCCUUCCAAUUUUGGCUGAUUGUGAUAGUAGUGAGAAUUGAGAAAGUGAUCAAGCCUACAAUGUUGCUGGGACAAACUUUACAUUCUCAGGAAAUAUAUCAUUUAUAGUUUGGAGAAUUAGCUUUAAGAUCUUAGGAUCUUUAAAUUCAAUUAUCUUUGCUUUAGGGAUUUGGUGUAACAUGGUGUCGUACAAUGGGACUGAUGUGUACUUACUUUAUACUUUUGGAUUCUGGAAGACGACACUUUCCUGAACUUUUUAAAAGACCAAUCCUAGGACCAUUUCUAUCAUCAGGUUUAGCAGCAACGUAUCCUUUGUUGAUCCUCUUAUAGCAUCCAUGUUGCUUUGCCGUAUAGGUGUCAGUGGUGGAAGCUCAAGGUUUGGAUCCGCCACUGGGUUUUCUUAGGUUUCCUUGCCACAUGAAUGUAUUUUGAAUGGUCAUGAUUUUUGUGUCUGUAUGAAUGGAAGACAGAAACAGUUAACUGAAACUAAAACUUCUUACAAUUGGAUGUUUUUCUUCAAAGUUUUUUACAUGCAGACAUUGAGUUUUCAUAAGAAUUAAAAAAACAAUUCUGAGAACGCUUGUAAGUGAGUUAGUCAUGUUGAAAAAGGGCGUGGGGUGUUUUUUUUUAACCAUUCAUUUAACCUUGACGUUUGGUGGUUUUGCUUGGUGGGUUGUGUGGCCAUUGGAGAACAUGAAGUCUCAAGUACAAGGAAACUACGGCAAGUAUGUACAAAGGAGUUAUUUCGUUUAAUCGACAAGUUUCUAAUUCUGUGCCCAUGAUCAGUAGGAAAUAUUAAUUCCCAUUACUUCUCGUGAAAACGGAAGAACACUGAUCACGAGAGAGGCUUGUUUGACUAGUAUUAACAAUGUCGAUGUAACUCACGAACAAUAAUAGGUAAAAAAGGUCACCGAAACUCUCUAAAGCCCAGUCACAAUCACAAACGAUGUGACAUCUAGAACUUAGGGAGGUCUGGAAGGAAAAAGAGAAGAAAGAAGAAGAAGAAGAAAAAAGGAGAUCACUCAGAGUCCAGUACAAACUAAAACAAUGAAUGGAAAACUCCUUGGAAGGCACGCUAAGUCAUAUGAUGUAUCACCGAAUCUCCAGAAAAAACCAGCUCGCUAUCUCGACACAAUUCAUUUCUUUCAAAUAAACUCAAGUUGAAUUUUAUAGGAUGUUUCUUCUGUUUGCAGUUGUAAUAGGUUCACUAUGUGUGUUUCAUUUGAAGGGACCUUCCAGUUGUGGCUCGUAUGAGACUGGUGAUAAAAGAAAAGGGUGGAUUCUUCGGGCUGUAUCGUGGUAUCGUACCUGGCUCCAUAAGGAGUUUUAUGUCCAACGGAACAUCUAUGAUUGCCAUGAGCUGGGCCCAAAGAAAAGUGUCUCAGUGGGGAUUGAGAGGAUAACUGAUAGUUUUAAUAAAUCUACAUAAAUUGAUGAAUGAUAGAAAAUGUAAAACAAUUCCGAUGUAAUUUCAAGUUAAGGAGGUGUUUUUAACCAAUGCAGUCAAUUAAGUUGACAUCUUUUUUAUCGUUUACUGAUCUAGUUUUUGUGAAGAUUUCCUCUUCCAGUGUGAAAGAAAUUACCCAGUGUAUUUCUCUUGUGUUCUUUAUAUUUCUUAUUUCUUUCUGUUUGGUCUCAGACCGUGAUUGGUUUGCUUAGUAAACUUCAUUGUAAAGCGCAUUGAUAAUCGGUGGCGUGAAGUCAAUUUCCGCCCGUUUAAGGAAUCCUCACUCACUUGAGAUGAAAAUUUUGUUACUUCAAGGGAAGCGUUUAGAAAAAGCACCGGCUUUCGAGUUUACUUUUCAUUUCUUGUUCUUUAUGAUUUUUUGCCGAGUUGUCAACUUUUUAACCUCGUCAUUUUCCAUUUUUUUCCAUUCCGCGAUGCGAUUUCUAUCUUUGGGGCAAUAAACGCUCAGGAUUCACUUUUAGGUAGCUCGAAAUGCGGUCACUUCUCUCUACUUGUUGUCUUCACGUUUCAAAAUCCACAGGAAUUGCUGUCCGUAGACGGAAAAUAAUCUCAAAUAAGGUGUAAAGAUAUUGUUGUCAUAUUUAAAGACCGUGGACUGUAGGUUUCUAUGUGGCUCUCAUUUUAAAGACGGUAUAAAAACGUUAGGGAAAUUAUUUUUCUAGUGGUGUAUAAAUAUGUAAACUAAAUUAUAUACUUGUGAAUGAUAAGAAGAUCACGAAUAAACAAAUUUC